AUGGCAAUUAUACUCUUAUUGGUUAUAAUCCUCACCGUCAUUUUUUUAAUCCACCGGAGCACUUACCGGCGAAGAUACAAUCUCCCGCCGGGAAGUCUAGGACUACCCUUUAUUGGAGAAACUUUACAGCUGAUAUCAGCUUACAAAACCGAAAACCCAGAGCCUUUUAUCGACAAACGAAUGAACCGGUACGGUCCAAUCUUCACGACCCAUGUAUUCGGCGAACCGACAGUGUUUUCAGCUGACCCGGAAACGAACCGGUUUAUUUUGAUGAACGAAGGGAAGCUUUUUGACUGUAGUUACCCCGGUUCAAUAUCGAACCUUUUGGGAAAACACUCCCUGCUUCUCAUGAAAGGCUCUCUUCAUAAGAGAAUGCAUUCACUUACUAUGAGUUUCGCUAACUCUUCCAUUAUUAAAGAUCAUCUUCUUCUUGAUAUUGAUCGGCUUAUUCGGCUCAACUUGGAUUCUUGGUCCGACCGGGUUUUACUCAUGGAGGAAGCCAAGAAGAUAACGUUUGAGUUGACAGUGAAGCAGCUUAUGAGUUUUGAUCCAGGUGAAUGGAGUGAGAGUCUUAGGAAAGAAUAUGUUCUUGUCAUUGAAGGAUUUUUCACACUUCCCUUACCAAUACUUUCUAGUACCUAUAGCAGAGCAAUCAAGGCAAGAACAAAGGUGGCUGAGGCAUUAACAUUGAUUGUGAGGCAGAGAAGAAAAGAAAGUGUAAUGGGGGAGAAAAAGAAUGACAUGCUAGGUGCAUUGUUGGCCUCCGGCGACCACUUUUCCGACGAACAAAUAGUCGAUUUUAUGUUGGCAUUGCUCGUCGCCGGCUAUGAAACCACCUCUACUAUAAUGACUUUCGCCGUCAAGUUUCUCACUGAAAAUCCUCUAGCAUUGGCACAACUCAAGGAAGAACAUGAUCAAAUCAUAGCGAAGAAGAGUUGUCGAGAGGAACCAUUGGAGUGGACAGAUUAUAAAUCAAUGGCAUUUACUCAAUGUGUUGUGAAUGAGACUUUAAGGAUGGCAAACAUAAUUAGUGGGAUAUUUAGGAGAGCAAUGACAGACAUCAAUAUCAAAGGUUACACUAUUCCAAAAGGAUGGAAGGUCUUUGCAUCGUUUCGUGCUGUACAUCUAAAUCCUGAUCAUUUCAAAGAUGCACGCACCUUCAAUCCAUGGAGAUGGCAGAGAAAAUCAGAAGCAACGAGUCCUGGAAAUGUAUAUACACCGUUUGGAGGAGGGCCGCGGCUGUGCCCUGGAUACGAGCUAGCCAGAGUUGUGCUCUCGGUGUUUCUUCACCGCUUUGUCACCCGUUACAGUUGGUCUCCUGCAGAAGAAGAUAAGUUGGUGUUUUUUCCAACCACUAGGACUCAGAAGAGGUAUCCUAUCAUAGUGAAGCCUAGAGUGGAAUCGAAAUCAUGUAAUUAA